AUGGUAGAAAAACCUAUGGGUGCAUUGAGGCAAAGAGAGUUUAGAGUAGGCCUGCAAGGUCUCCAAGAUCCCUUUCCGCCCUCAAUCAUCUAUGAUCUCUUUGCCAUCUUGGCACUGCAGGCCCUCACCUCCCAAGAAUCCCGUGGGCAGACCCUCAAGGUCAGCCUGUUCCUGGCAAGUAUCUGUGAUCUGCCAAGCAGCCCUGACAAAGUUGCCUUGAGCUCCAGCAGCACAUGGCUUUGGAGGCCUGUCAUCAUCACCUUCAUGAUCCUUACUCUCUCCUUGGAAUUGACACCUAGUUUGGCCUUUAGGAAACCAAGAAAACCUAGUGAGAAGCCAGGAAAAUGUCCACACCAAAACAUAACAUGUAACUUUGUCGAAAAAAGCCAGUGCUACACAGAUUUCAACUGCAAGAAAGCCAAGAAGUGCUGCUACUACAGCUGUGGAAAGAAAUGCUUGGACCCAAAAGAAGAUUUAUGUGAGAUGGUACCAGAAGUGGGCAACUGUGAGGACUUUUACUUACGUUGGUUCUACAGCACAGAAGCACGUGCCUGCAAAUAUUUCUUCUAUAGUGGCUGUAAGGGGAAUGUUAACAAUUUUCCCAACAAGAAAAUCUGUGAGCAGACCUGCGCUGGAACUGUCAGGGAAGGGCGUUGUCCACCCUUCCCUUUCAAAGGCAUUACAAACUGUUCUGCAACCUGUCAUAAAGACCCAGAGUGCCCUGAGACAUAUAAAUGCUGUGAUUCUAGCUGUGGCUUUGUGUGUACUCCACCCUGGAAAGUUAAGCCCUGGGACUGCCCACCUCAGCCAUCUUCUUGCAAUACGAUUCAGAAACCCAUGUGUCAGAAUGAUGAAGACUGUGAGCAGAAUGAAAAGUGCUGUUCUAAUUGUGGCUUGAUGUGCAUUGAAAUGAGCAACGGCUUUCCCUGA